GGGGGAAAAGGAGGAGGAGACUCGGCCGGCAGCGCCCCGGGCUGCCCGCUCCGCUGCCGCACCGGUACCGGCACCGGUGCCCGGGCAGAGGGCACUGCCCCAACGCCGACGGCCAUGCCCUAGGUGAGACCCACCAUGAGCCAAAGCAGCGCCUCACGCCUGGCCGGCUCCCCGCCGCUGCCGGGGGGCUCUCUGCUUGCCCUGCUGGCUCCGGAGCCUUCCCCAUCCCCUCCCAGCGGGACGCCCUCCCCGGGGCCACCGCCGGCGCUGCUGGAAGGGGACUGGGAGGGACGUGAGGAGCUGCGGCUGCGGGAGCUGGAGGAGGCUCGGGCGAGGGCGGCGCAGAUGGAGAAGACGAUGCGGUGGUGGUCGGACUGCACCGCCAACUGGCGAGAGAAGUGGAGCAAGGUGCGGGCAGAGCGCAACCGAGCCCGGGAGGAGGUGCGGCAGCUGCGCCACCGCCUGGAAGCCCUCACCAAGGAGCUGGCAAGCCUUCGACGUGACCGUGACCGCGACCGACCGGAGGAGAGGUCCCCGGCGGCUCGCACCCCGCCGCGGCUUCAUGGCCAGCCUGGCACCGGCUGCCCUCCCGACGCCGACGGGGCAGAGGCAGAGGCUGACCCUGAGCAUGAGCCUGUGAGGGAUGUCGGGGCUGAGACGCCCCAAAAAGCUAAGGAGCUGGAGCUGAUGGAAAACAUCUUGCCGAGUAAGCAGGACGAGAGCUGGGAGCAGCGAGGCCCCCGAGGCUCCUUCGCCCGCCAGGAGCGGAGCCGCCUGCUCUGGGAGGAUGUCAGCGUCGUGGAGGAGGAGGCCACCAAAGUCACUGCCCUCAAGCUGAGGCUGGAUGAAUCCCAAAAAGUGCUGCUCAAAGAGCGGGAGGACAAGCUGGGGCUCAGCAAGAGCAUUGAGAAGCUGGAGGCCGAGCUCAGCCAGUGGAAGAUCAAGUACGAGGAGCUCAACAAGAACAAGCAGGAGGUGAUGAAGCAGCUCAACAUCCUGAAGGAGAUCCACCAGGACGAGCUGGGACGCAUCUCCGAGGACCUGGAGGAUGAGCUGGGCGCUCGCUCCAGCAUGGAUAAGAAGCUGGCAGAGCUGCGCGCCGAGAUGGAGCGGCUGCAGGCAGAGAACGCGGCCGAGUGGGGCCGUCGGGAGCGUUUGGAGACGGAGAAGCUCAACCUGGAGCGGGAGAACAAGAAGCUGCGGGCGCAGAUCGAGGACCUGGAGGAGGUUUUGGCUCGCAAGCGGCGCCAGACGGCCAGCGCCCUGGACACCGACCUCAAAACCAUCCAGGCUGAGCUCUUCGAGAAGAACAAGGAGCUGGCUGACCUGAAGCACGUCCACAGCAAGCUGAAGAAGCAGUACCAGGAGAAGAUGGCAGAGCUGGCCCAUGCCAACCGCCGAGUGGAGCAGCACGAGGGCGAGGUGAAGAAGCUGCGCCUGAGGGUGGAGGAGCUGAAGAAGGAGCUGGCCCAAGCUGAGGAUGAGCUGGAUGAGGCUCACAACCAGACGCGGAAGCUGCAGCGGUCGCUGGACGAGCAGACAGAGCAGAGUGAGAGCUUCCAGGUGCAGCUGGAGCAUCUUCAGUCCCGGCUGCGGCGGCAGCAGAGCGCUCCUCUCUUCGGCAAGAUGCGCAGCGCCUCCCGCUUCGGCCCCGACGACGCCGGCGAUGGGACCAGCGACCCCGACGAGGAUGAGGACCUGCAGAUCCAAGUGCCUUAGAAGCCAGGGGCCAGGUGGCAGCGCCUCAAGAACGCCCCCACGGCCGUUCCCUGCCCACCAGGUGCCCGUGAGGGCGAGGGCUGGGCUGUGCCAUCCCCUCGGUGUGGACGGAGAAGCUGAAGUGCGGAGCGGAGCGGCCGAGAGGAAGCUUCCCAGGGAUGCUCCCAGCCUGCUGCCCCUCCCUCGGGCAGUCCCUGAGGACCCCUCCAGCGCCAGCAUCUCCCGGGACGUGGAUGCGGCCACCGACGGCGGCAGCACUGAGCAGCCCCAGAGGAGGAUGUGCAGGGCAGGGAGGGGCACUGAGCCCUGCAGCCAGCCCCUGCUCUCCUGCCCCUCCUUCUCUGUGUUAUAUAUCUAUGUAUCUAUGUGUACAGGGGGCCUGUGUGUGUGUGUGCUGUAAAUACAGAGCCCAGAGGGGCCUGGGCUCCCCUGCUGGCUGCUGCUGCUCUGGCCCCGUC